CACAGUAUCGUUUAACAGCGAGUAAAAACGUGGUUUUAUAACAAUAAUCAGGUGGAUUAUUUUCUUACAGCGGCGGAACAAUAUGGCGGUUCUGAAGUUGGUUGUCUUGAUGUCGCUGUUGGCUGUAGUGUUAUCGUUGCCCAUGAGCAAGUCCAAAUGGCGGUCCGUCCAAAAACGAUCUGCUCCUUCAUUAGACAAACGCUCAGUUUUUGAUAUGUUUGAUAAAUUCGACUUGAAUGGCGAUUCCAAACUUGAGUUUCACGAAUUAGCCUAUUUCUUCUUCAACAAUUUCCACUUCUCUUCCGAAGACGCACAGCGAUACGCACAGCAACAGCUCAACAACUUUGACAUAAAUAAGGAUGGUGAACUCGACAUCUGGGAAUUUACUAAGGACCCACCCAGUAUCGACACCGCGGACAUGUAUUACUAGAGGACCAUCUUAGUGUUCCACUCAGGAAAAAAGGAAGUUCUUGAAACCUUACAGACAUAACAUGGGUGCUUUUUUUAAAUAUGGCGAUUAAAAAUUGUUCUUUUUUUAGGACCAUUAGAUAGAAAUUAAUUAAAAUCCACAGACAUUGAAUGACACAAAAUUGAUCAUGUACAUGUGUACAUUGUAUGUGAAUGAGAAUGUAUUUUAUAAAAAAUCUCAAUUUAUUUUAAGAAUACAACUUAUUUCCAUCA